UCGGCUGAGCAUUGUUCUGUUUCGUGAUAAAAUUAUCAAUGAAAAGUAAUCUAAAAGUAUAAUGAAUUGACGAAAAUAUUUUUAUUAUAGUACAUUGUAUAAUAUUAAAGCAAGUUCACAUCAGCAACAAGUGGAAAACUGUAUCUUUUGGUGUCGAAACUAUUGUUCGUAAACUACAUGGAUCAUUAUGGAACCAGUUGACAACAAUCAAUUCGAAGUGAUCACAGCCAAGAGAAAAAUACAGACGGGUCCUAACGUGUACCUCAAUCCAGCCCUAGAUCUGUUGGCCAACGAGGAUCCUAUGUGCAACAACGCUAUGGAGAUAACCGCUACUAAAAAACGCAAACGAACCAAGAGCUGUGAUAUUGUAGCAUUUGAGAACUCCGGAUUAGAUUUAGGAGUAAAUAAGGCAGCUGUAAACGAAUUCCUGAUGAAGGAAUUGGAAAAUGUGCGGAAAAAUUUCAAGACUUACAAAGAUUUACCUACGACUAGUAAUAGUAUCGAACCACUAUCACAAACGAGCAAUUCGGAACCAAUUUAUGCAAACUUGACUGAGUUACAUAAUGCUACACAGCAGAACACUGUCCCCGAGAUAGAAUUAAGUCCGGUAACAUCAAUACAUAAAUAUGAUAUUGACAGUGUGGAUCAUCUUGAAGCUGAUUCAGGAAUAUCAAUAGUUGAACAGAAAUCAUUGAGUGCUACAACAACUCAGGAAUUAAUCAACAAUGAUUUGUCCUCUAUACACCAAACAAUGAGCAUGCAGACAAACCUCACAAAUCAAGUAUUCAUUAACAACACUAGCAACAGCAAUAUCAAUUUGAGUUUUAUUGACCGCCUCGCUUUAGAUUCUCCAAUGAAUUCCAAUCAAUCGUUAUAUUUGGACGACGAUUUAAACGAGAGCAACAUCAUGGAGAUCAAAACUAUAACAAUAAUCACUAAAAAGAAGAUAGUUUCCAAUAAAAAGAACACCAACCCAUUCCUAGAUCCUAAUUUGCAAUAUGAAGUUGCUGAGGGUGCGGAAAACCCGUUUUUGGAUAGAGAUGAAACCAAUGAUUUAGAGUAUAACACUAUGGCACCUAGAGAAAUAGAUAACGUCCCAAACAACAUAAUGCCUAGAAGACUAUUCGCUCAUGAUACUAACAGCACCGUGUCUACUUUUAAUGAAUCAUCAAUGCCUGCAGAAGCACAUGAAUAUGAAAAUGUUGGGUUGUAUAGAUCGGAGAGCCCCAUCUAUGAAAACAUAGGAGAAGACAUUGUUGAUACACACUAUAACAAGCAAAGUAAAAUACUCGGGUGUGAUGUUUCUCAGUUCAGUUCGGGGGAUAUUCUAAAUAGAAAUAGCCAAAAUAAUACUAACGAUUCACAAGACAGUAAAAAGGAUUCCAAACACAAUUUAUUCAAAGCAACCAAGUUAUCAAAAAAAGUAUUCAAAACUUUAAAGAAAAAGUUCAAAGGGGAAAAGGUAGAAGCAAACGUAACACUGAACCCGUAUGAAGUGCCAAGAAAAACACCAAAAAUUAAAUCAGAGAAGAAGGAACCCGGGAUAGAAAACCCCGCUCUGAAACUUGAUAAUUCCGAUGAAAUAGAAAUUGAGGAGUUGGACGAGGAACACCAGUAUGAAACAAUAAAGACCAUCAGAAAUACAAGACUUAACACCAAUGUUACUCCACUUAGAGAAAGAGCUAUAGAUAAUAUAGAUACAUCCCAAAAUAGGACUUAUACACCCGGCAAGAAGGUGCGUUUUGAUUCAACGAUGAACAAGGAAAAAAUUAUAACGGGCAACAGCUUUGACUGUGGCAUACAAAGCCCAGGUUUUGACGCAAAGAUUGAUAAAUACCAUGAUGAACUAGAAAACUGCAUCAAUGAAAGAAAAUUCAUACAACAAAAUAUGUGAAGAACCAUUUUCAUUACUGUUAAGACAAUAAUGUUUAUGCUUCUAAGAAACAUACAAUUUUCAUGUUAAUGUGUUU